AGGUACAACUGUGAUAAGAUAUCAUACGAUGCCCCUUCUUAGGUUUGCCUACAAGCCCACUCGUCUCGGCGCCUUGCUCUUUUCUGCAUACAGUUCUGGCGUGCAAUUGAGAGUCAUGAUUUCUACAAUGUCUGACCAACUGAGCAAUGGCAACGACCUUAUCGUCAUACAACAACAGCUUAGAUAUCUCAGACUUUCUACGGGAGAUCGUCAAUUUGACGACAAAGUGAUGCUGUUAGUCCAAAUUUAUGUUGUGGUCUUGGUCGGAUCCCUUCUGCGAGAUGGCAUGAGGUCGUUUCGAUGCAUGGGCCUUACCCUUCUGCUUCUCGUUGCGCUAUCAUGGGCCUUUGUGCUUCUGAAUCUCGGGUUGAUUGUCAACAUCAGCACGACGGUGGCUGAAGGGUUUGGCUGGGAACUUAUGGCGACCACGUUGCUUUCAGCUGUUCUCCUGACUCUGCUCGACGGGAUCAUCUUUGACACCAACGAUUGUUUCUUUGGUGAAAGACAUCAGAUCGACACUAGACCGCCUCAGAAAAUGAACUUGUUAGCUGUGAAGAUGUAAGAUUUGAUCAGCGGUGGAGGAGGCGACCACAACGACGAGUUGCCGUCGGGGAUCAAGGCAGAGUUCUGUCACACCUCGAAGAUUCUCGAGUGGACCUUCAAGCGCAGUUCAAUAAGAACUCACGUUGGAUUUCUCUACUAAGAGGGAAAGCGGUGAAACAGAAGGAGAUCUAACUCUC